UCACUUUCUAGGCUAGCAGGCUAGCAGGCUAGCUGCUGCGCUACGUCGGGAAGGAAACAAACCGCAAGUUCGGUUUAAACACGACGUCGCUGGGCGCCUGGAGACAGCGGGUGAACCGUCAGCAAGUGGGUCGCUCGGUCAGGCAACUCUGUCUGGGCCCUUUCCGCCCCGCCGAUCUCCCCCCAGGAUGCCGUGCCACAACCAGCAGAUGAACAGUGUCACCAGUGGCCAGGACCACCCAGUGAAGCAGGUCCGGUUCGCUAACAGCGGCGGGGUCCCCCCGGUGCUGGGCAGCUCAGAGCCCAGUGAUGCCACCACACUUCCAAGUCAGGAGACCCUGGGACCGCAGCUCAAACUGCUUCCUCUCAACGACCAGAUCCGAGAACUACAGACCAUCAUCAGAGACAAGACAACCAGCAGAGGAGAUUUCGUUUUUUGUGCCGACCGUCUGAUCAGACUAGUAGUUGAAGAGGGCUUGAAUCAGCUCCCCUACUCAGAGUGCACUGUGACUACACCAACAGGGUACAAGUAUGAUGGUGUCAAGUUUGAAAGAGGCAACUGUGGAGUCAGCAUAAUGAGGAGUGGCGAGGCCAUGGAACAGGGUCUCCGGGACUGCUGCCGCUCCAUCCGCAUUGGCAAGAUCCUCAUCCAGAGCGAUGAAGAGACACAGAAAGCCAAGGUCUACUAUGCCAAGUUCCCCCCAGAUGUGUACAGAAGAAAGGUGCUGCUCAUGUAUCCCAUCCUCAGUACAGGGAACACAGUGAUUGAAGCAGUGAAGGUGUUGAUAGAGCACGGAGUUCAGCCCAGACACAUUAUCCUCCUCAGCCUCUUCUCCACACCUCAUGGAGCCAAAUCUAUAAUCCAGGAGUUCCCAGACAUCACCAUUCUGACCACAGAGGUUCAUCAAGUGGCUCCAACACAUUUUGGACAGAGGUACUUUGGCACCGACUAAACUGAGGAAGACCUGAGGAACAUGAUCUGCGUCCUGUUUUGACAUUUAUUUAAAUAUUCCCUAUGUUCUCCUUGUUGUGCCAAAUACUGCAACGUGAUCUUACAAUUUCCCAGAUAGAUACAAAAUUGAUAGUGAUUGUAUUUAUUAUGUUGGUUUUGUUGCGGUGUAUACUCAUGCUAUAAAAAGAAGAAUACUCUGAACCAUGAGAGUUCAACUUGGAGCAUUUUAUUUUGCAUGUUACAACAAGUGAUGGAUCAAUAAAGAAUUUAUAUUUGUUAACAGACAGAACAGAAAAGGAA